AACAUGGCGCCGCGGACACCAGAGCAGAUUUUUGUCGGCUUUGCCCUCGUCGGCCUCGGCAUCUACGCCAACUACAAGUACUCGUGGGGAGAAGAGCUCAUCGGGUUCCCGCUACCAUGGGCGGUGGUUGCUGUCGGCAUUGUCAUGCUCCUGCUCAACACGUGCGGGUUUGUGGGGACAAACAAGCGCAAGCGGACGUGUCUGCUGCUCUACUUUACCUUCCUCUUCUUCAUCAUGGCCGCAGAGGUCUCCAUCUCGAUCCUGGCCCUCUCGUACAAGCGCAACUUGGAGGAGCAGCUGUACCAGGGCUGGCUUGAUGCUUCGCCCGAGACAAAGGACAAGGUUCAGCGCAAGUUCAACUGCUGCGGCUUCUACACUGUCAACGACAACCCGGGACCGUCGUGCACCAACCCGCCGGCUGGCACAGACUCGUGCGCCGUCGCCAUCACAAAGUGGGUUGAGGAGAAGCUCGUCUUUGUCUACAUCGUCGGCUUUCUCUCGGCUGCCGUCCAGGUCUUUUGCCUCGUCGCCGCUCUCGUCCUCACCAAGCGCAUCGACGAUUACAAGAAGGGUCUCGAGGCUUCGUUCUCCUACUACUACUAUGAUGACAACGACCAGCUCAUUGUUGACGGCCCAGCCGGCCGCAACAUGAUCUAA